AAAGGCAUAGCCGACGCAGGCUCGAGAGCUGAGACGAAGAUGAAGAUGAAGUUUAGUGGAAUAGCGGGGUUCAAAGCAAGAUGAGUGAAGGAGAUUCCUGGAUGACCAUACUCAAACCAGAUUUGACGGGACUUCCUCAGUUUGAGGAGGGUGUUAUUAUUCCGCGUCUUGGAUUGGGAGAUAGCCGUGUAUCCCUCAAUGUCAUAGGACAUGCCUUUCUUUUUUCUUCUAAACUUCUUCUUAAAAGAAAAAAAAAGGCAUAGCCGACGCGGGAUCGAAACGAAGAUGUUCAGCGCAAUAGCGGGGUUCAGAGCCAGAUGCGUGACGGAAAAUCCUGGAAGACGAUACUCGAACCAGACAGGACAGAGCUUCCUGGCUUUGCUUGUCAAUACGAGACUGCGUAUCCGAGGUUCGUGAUGCGUUCCCAUCCCGCUGGCUGGCCACAGUGCUCUUCCAGAAACAGGUUCAACACGUAGCUGCGCAUGGGGCUGAGAUGGCCACCAUUGAUCUUUCUCGUGCGGCAAGCCUCAUCAAUCAUCAACACUGAAGACGUCAAAAACAAAAUGAGAAAAGACACACCUAUAGCUCGCCCUACAACGUGCGAUCGACAGGGUCUAGAUAAACACGGUGGAACCCGGAAAGUCACCCCCAAGCAAAUUUCCCGGUCACAGCAUGAGCAUCUUGAAUCGAUCAAUCAAUUGAUCCCCGGCGAGAUGAUUUACUUUGGACAGAUCACCGUCACAUCGUGAUUAUAGGUAUAUCUGCGCACGAUAGACUCAUCAACAAUACCCAUAGCCAGCAAACCUGAGAGGCCUUUCGGGUUAUCUCGAGGACUCGCUGUAAAUGUUCCACAAACACCUUCAAUUUGUAAACGGAAAAUAUACUCAUAGGUUGACUCAUAGGUUCACAAUUUGAUACUUUGAAUAUCGAGGAAGGAACGGAGAGAAGGGAUGAUGGGGAG